AUGGAGGUUCGUCCUCAACCUGUCCUGCGUCUGUCAGCACCUUCGGGCGUGCUUCGUCUACGAGCAGAACCGUCAGAACGUCGACACAUUCAAUGGGCAGAAGACGUGAUUGACAAUGAAGGCAUGGGCAAGAAAUCGUCCAAAGUCUGCUGCAUCUAUCACAAGCCCCGCGCCGCCGACGAGUCUUCCGACGACGACUCGUCGGACUCAUCUUCAGACUCAGAUUCCGACUCGGAGCCCGACAACAGCACCGCAAGACCCGCUAGAAGGAUUGGUGGUGCACGCGGCAGACGGCCACAUCAGCACGCCCAUGACGAUUGUGAGGACGUCCACGAUCAUGGUGAGGGCUCCAGUACCCCGCAAAAGCAUAAGCGUCAACGGAGGAAGCCAAGCCCGAAUGCUUACGAGAAGAUGCCGAAGCAGAAGAAGUGA